AUGAAUAAUUCCAGUUUACUAUCUGGCAAGUCUGAGAAAUGCUUGGGGAACUAUCAACAGCGUUUUACAACAAUACUGCUUCCCAUCCUAUACUCACUUCUGUUUUUAGCCUCCCUUUUUCUGAACAGCACAGCAGCUUGGAUAUUCUUCAAACAUGCCAACAGGAAAAGCCUUGUUAUCCUCCUGAAAUGUGUUGUUGUUGCAGACUUACUGAUGACCAUGACGUUACCUUUUACCAUACUUAACCAUGCCCAGUUUGCACCCAAGUACACGCACUUCAUUGUGUGCCGUUUCUCUGCCAUUGUGUUUUACACAACUAUGAAUAUAAGCAUUCUAUUUCUGGCCUUGAUAAGUUUAGACAGGUGUGUAAAAAUUGUGAAGACCACACUAGGGAAAUUGUUUCAAAAUCCAAAAUUCAUACAGAUCAUAUCUGCAGUUAUCUGGGUGGUUAUGUUUCUUAGUUCUGCACCAAACAUGUUUCUUUACAAGAAGGACACACAAAUAAGCUUUACUGGUUGUACUCAACAAAAAUCUGACCUGGGGCUAAAAUGGCAUGAAUUUUCAACAUAUUUCUCAUUCUUCAUUUUCUGGGCGACAUUCUUUCUAAUGGCAAUAUGUUAUACUAAAAUAAUUAAAGCAAUAUAUGAAUCAAACAAAAAUAUUAAUGCACGGCUAUCAGAAAGUAAAAGAAAAUCUAGGCGCAACAUUUUUUCCGUUCUUGGAGUGUUCUGUGUUUGUUUUGUGCCAUAUCAUACCUGCAGAAUUCCAUUUACUCUCAGUCAAACUCAAGAUGUGUUUACCUGUAAAACAUACACUACUUUGCUGUUUAUAAAGGAAGGCACAAUGUUUCUGGCAGCUAUGAAUAUAUGCCUGGAUCCCAUCAUGUAUUUUCUUUUGUGCAAGUCAUUUACUGACUCUUUGCAUCAAGAGAUUAAAAUACUUAAACAAAAGAGAAGUAAAUUAAAGCAAAGCAGUAUGCCUUUGUCAACAAUAGCUGCAGAAAAAGAUAACUCACAAUCUAAUGAAACAAGACUUUCGGAACUAACAUGAGUUUUCUAUCUGCAGUAUAACAAACAUAUCGACUGGCUUUGUAUAGCUGGCACUUUCUUUAUUAAAUAAUAUCAUGCUUAU